AUGGCGAAGACGCUAAGAUCUGGCCGAACGAACUACCUUCCUCGAACCGCUCUAGCAGACCUUACCAAGGCCGGGCGAAAGGAUCGAAUCGCCGAGAUCGAAAAGUCGCUGUCUUCCACGGCGGAGCAGCUCGCGAGAGCGAGAAAUCUCUUCCAGAGCUUGCGGGAGGAUGAGGAAGCGGAGGCGGCUACGACCACUACAAGGGGGCAGCCUCCAGCGAUUUCCUUGAAGGAGGCUGCCGAGCAAGGCGACGUGGCGGCCCUCGCAGCGCACCGUCAGGCCGGGUCUGACUUGAAUGCCGAAGUGGACUCUGAGGGCGGAUGGACAGCGGCGCACUUGGCCGCCUUGCGCGGGCAGACGGCGGCGCUGAAGUUCCUCCACGAGGCAGGCGCCAACUUGAGUGCGACCGAUAAGUGGGGCAGCACGCCGGUCCUGAUGGCACUCGAGGACGGGACAGCGGAAAUGUUGGAGGCACUGGUCGAGGCCGGGGUCGACCUCAAUGUAACCGACAACGGCGGAAACACCCCGGCCAUUCUGGUCGCUGACGGGCUUGACGAUAUGGCGGAGAAGCUGCUCAUCCUGCUCAAGGCGGGAGCGGACCUGGAGAAGGCUAACCGACGUGGACGAACCCCGGCCCAUGUGCUCGCCGAACGCGGCGAAGUUGACGCGCUGCGCGUCCUCAUCCAGGCCGGCGUGAACCUCAACGCCAAGACCCCGGACGGGUAUACAGCGGCCGACAUAGCCGCCCUCAACCACCAUGAAGAGGCUUUGAAGCUUCUCCUCAAGGUCAGGGAGGGAAAACCCCAAAGCCUAAAACCCAAACCCUAUAAACCCUAUACGGGGGCAGAAAUUCCAUGA